UCCACCUUCCGGACUCACCUGUGCCUCACCUGGGCCUCGCGCACCGGACUCACGGCCUUCUGGGUGGACGGACGCCGCAGCGCGCUUCAGCUGUAUAAACCGGGUCACAGCAUCCAUCCGCAGGGCACCGCUCUGCUCGGACAGGACCCCGACAAACACCUGGGCGACUUUGAGGCGGUGCAAAGCUUCGCCGGCGAGCUCACGGACCUGAACAUGUGGGACCACGCCCUCACCGGAAACCAGAUCAAAGCGCUGUAUUUGAACCACGCGCAGCGUGUGCCGAGAGGAAACGUGUUCGACUGGCGCUCCAUCGAAUAUGAGAUUAAAGGAAACGUGCUGGUCGUGCAAGAUGAUUGAGAUAUCCAGGCACAUACAACUGCAUAUGCACAUUUGCUAUCGUUUUGUGUAUUUAUAGAAUAUUCUGUUUAAUUGGAAAUGCGCCAACAAUGUAAGUAAACAUGCUAAUAUUUGGAUAAUAAAGGGUAAAUCGAUGACUGAUAAAUGUUAUUUAAAAGUGUAAUAAUAGACUGAUCAAUCAUAACCCAAAUAUUAAGCCAAAAUGAUAAAUUUUAGGCGUACUGUACUUAUAUGUCAGCUUGCAUUGUUCUUUACCUGCUCAGAAAAUUGACACUUGCUCGGUCUUAUCAGUCGAAUUGACUAAAGCAUCUGCUAAGAACUUUAAAUGUAGAUGGAACAAUUUGUCUGUACUUAAAAACGAUGUAAUAAAUGAUUUGUUCAUGUGCG